CAACCUCUGUUGGAGGGACUGAGAUUGUCCCUCAGUGGAUGCUGAAGGUUACCGCGUGCGUAAAGCGCGCGCUCAGAUGCUGCGCUCACACGCGCGCGUUGCUCACACGCCACUUGGAUUCAAACGGAUAUGGGUUGCUCCUGCUAAGUGCAGAUUAACACCUCCAUAAAACCAGGAAAAGCAUAUUUACAUCACGAUCACAUUCUUUUAAUCCCCACAAUGUAAUUUCCUCGUUGAAGUUGUCGCGUUUGCCGGUUUACAGCGGUUGUAUCCAUCCGUGGAGCUGUAAUUGAGACAGAAGAGGACUACAGUUACAGUCGCUCGGAUGGAUAAGUGCAUAUGGCGAAAAGUGGAUUUAAAUUCUAAGAAACGGGAUAAUUCUUCCGCUCUUUGGACGAAAGUUGCGGUUUUGAAGGGUCUCGACUUGGCUUCAACCAUCUGAUGGAAGUCUUCACAGAGUAUGCCUAUAAUGAAAGCUUCUUUGAAAAUGGGUCCCGGGGCUUCAAUGGCACAGAACAAGGGGGGCGGCACCAGUACAACUAUUACGCCAUGCUUCUCACACUGCUUAUUUUCGUCAUUGUCUUCGGCAACGUGCUGGUGUGUAUGGCCGUCUCGAGAGAGAAAGCCCUGCAGACCACUACCAACUACCUGAUAGUCAGCCUGGCUGUGGCUGAUCUGCUAGUUGCUACACUUGUAAUGCCAUGGGUGGUUUACCUUGAGGUGGUGGGAGAGUGGCGGUUCAGCACAAUCCAUUGUGACAUCUUUGUCACCCUGGAUGUGAUGAUGUGUACAGCGAGUAUACUCAAUCUAUGUGCCAUCAGUAUCGACAGGUACACAGCUGUAGCCAUGCCUAUGUUGUACAACACACGCUACAGCUCCAAGAGGAGAGUCACAGUCAUGAUUUCUGUCGUCUGGAUUCUGUCUUUUGCUAUAUCAUGUCCACUGCUGUUUGGACUCAAUAAUACUGUCACCCAUGAUGAUGCUCUGUGUGUGAUCGCAAACCCUGCCUUUGUAGUGUACUCCUCCAUUGUGUCCUUCUACGUUCCCUUCAUCAUAACACUACUAGUAUAUGUGCAGAUCUACGUGGUACUGCGAAAGAGACGGAAACGUGUCAACACCAAACGCACAUUCCCAGUUACAGACAUGGAUUUGAGCUCAACUUUAAAGAAAUGCACCCACCCUGCUGAUGUGAAACUGUGCACUGUGAUUGUCAAGUCCAGUGGGAAUUUUGCGGUAAACAGCAAAAACGUGAUCUUCAUAAAGGAGGUGGUAAACAAUGGUGAUGACAUCCAAAUGGAGGAAAUCACAAACUUAAACCCUCCGAGACAGAGGAAGCAGGAUCAGUCUGGUGCAAGUCAACAACACAGCAGGCUGGUUAACUCUAAUCUAAGAGAGACUGACAUGUCACCCCCAUCGCCUGAAGCUGGUGUCAAACCUGAAAGAAAUGGUAACACCAGCAAUAUCACAAAAGUGGCAAAAGCAUUUGAGAUCCAGGUCUCCCCCACCGGCAAAAUACAGACAUCGGUCAAGACUCUUAACAAACGUAAAAUCUCCCAGCAGAAGGAGAAAAAGGCCACUCAAAUGUUAGCUAUUGUUCUUGGUGUAUUUAUCAUCUGCUGGCUGCCGUUCUUCAUCACGCACAUUGUGAACACUUACUGCCAAGUCCCUCCUGAACUCUACACUGCCUUUACGUGGCUGGGUUAUGUGAACAGUGCUGUAAACCCCAUCAUAUACACCACUUUCAACAUUGAGUUUCGCAAAGCUUUCAUUAAGAUUUUACACUGUUGAGAGAGAACUAACUUCCCGGAACUGAAGGGGAAACUCAUCUGCAGUGGACUACUGUAAGACUUUAUAUAAAGAAUCUAAAUGGGAUACCAUGUGGACUAUGGCCUAGGGGCUACAUCUCUUGCAUUUCACCAAGAUUAAAGCUUAAGGAAUGUAUAUUGUCUCUAUUAUAAAAAUGAUUUUGUUCCAAGAUCAUAUUGCCCAAAAAAGAAAAGAAAAUCCUGGGUGAGAUUGGGCUUAAAGAAGUAUCAUCAACAGACAAAAAUGCUUGUUUGGACUAAUAUUUCAAGCAAUGCAAAGCAAUCUGUUUGUCAGUAUUAUUUUUUUCUUGAUUUUGAUUAUUUGCUCAAAACCUAAAUGUAACAGAAUUUUAAACCAUAGUAGUACAUACUGUGAUAUAAUCAGAUGCUUCGUAGUAAGCAAUAGGUCAUGCAUUGCAUGGAAGCUGGAAUUAUUAUUUUUGUUAUUAUUAUUAUAUAUUUUUUUUUCGGAAAAGCUUAUUUAUGCCAUUCAAGUCUGCAAUGUUGUGUCCCACAUUUAUAAUGUUUGUUAGAUGUUCUCAGCAACUAACAGCAGGAAACCUUAAAUAAUACAUUCAGCAAAAUCAAACUGUAAUCACCUGUCAUUUCUGUAUGAAGAUCAAAACAUUAGUGCCUCAUUUAAAGCAGAGUGGAUUUAACAUUUAAAAAAGCAAAGAAAAUAAAUACUAUUUCAGUAAAUUGCUGGGAUUUUUUAAGCAAAAUAACCUUGACCUUCUUUUGUCAGCCUUCCCGAUGGAAGCAUUAACCAUUUCAGCAUCUUGUUUAGGCCUUGUGGAGGUGGAGAUAAUACUGAUGGAGUGUAAGGGGAUGAUAAGUAUGAACUACAUGCAGUCCCUGAGGAGUGGAUUGUGGAUAGACAAAAGCAUCAGUCAAGGGUGCAAAAACGUUUUAUGAAAAUGAGUGUACAUUUAAUUUAAGGUUACUUUUUACUGUCUAUUUUUUAUAUACAUAGCUUUUCAUGCUUUAUAUGACACACUUUGAAUGUGAUGGGCCUGUUGUUGCAUUGUAAUGCAUGUUCUCAUGAGAUGUAUAUUGCACAAUGAUAUAAGCUUAUGAAUAAAGUAAUU